ACACAUGUGGAUGGUGUAUAAACUUACAAACUCAGUUUUCUUUAGUUAGAUGAGCUAACAGACGAAAAUGGGCAAAAAAGGUAAAAAGGAAAAAAAGGUGAAGGGUGCGGAGAAAACGGCAGCUAAAAUGGAGAAAAAAGUGUCCAAGAGGUCUAAAAGAGAAGAGGAAGAUCUUGAGGCUCUUAUUGCUGAGUUCCAAGCCUUGGACGCAAAGAAAACACAAGUCGUGGAGACAACGUGUCCUCCUCCGUCUCCCAGGUUAAAUGCUUCGCUAUCUGCGCAUGCUGAGAAGGAUGAAUUGAUUUUGUUUGGUGGCGAGUUCUUCAACGGAAAGAAGACAUAUCUGUACAAUGACCUCUUUCUGUACAACAUCAAGAAGAAUACCUGGGUGAAGUCUGAAAUUCCUAACCCUCCACCACGCCGUUGUGCCCACCAGGCUGUGGUGGUGCCUCAGGCAGGGGGGCAGUUAUGGGUUUUUGGGGGAGAGUUUGCUUCUCCUGAUGGCGAACAGUUCUACCAUUACAAAGACCUUUGGGUCCUUCAUCUGAGCACACACACCUGGGAGCAGAUAAAGGUUCCAGGUGGUCCGUCCGGCAGGAGUGGCCAUCGGAUGGCUUUGAGUAAGAGGCAGCUGUUAGUGUUUGGAGGCUUCCAUGAGAGUGCCAGGGAUUAUAUCUACUAUAAUGACGUCCAUGCCUUUAAUCUGGACACCUUCACCUGGACUCGACUUAAUCCCUCUGGAACCGGACCCUCCCCACGCUCCGCCUGUCAAAUGACCCCAACGCCUGACGGCAAUGGUGUUAUCAUCUAUGGGGGAUACUCUAAAUCUAGAGCAAAGAAAGAUGUGGACAAGGGAACUGUCCACUCUGACAUGUUUCUCCUUAAGAGAGAAGGCAAAGAAGACCAAGAGAAAUGGACGUGGUCCCGCGUGAAUCCAUCAGGGGUCAAACCCCACCCGCGAACAGGCUUCUCUUUGGCCUGCGGGCCAGGGGGGCGGGCGGUGCUCUUUGGGGGGGUGUGUGACGAGGAGGAAGAGGAGACUCUGGAUGGAGACUUUUUUAACGACCUUUACAUGUACGACAUUAACAAGAACCGUUGGUUCCCGGGCCAGCUCAAGGGCGUGAAGUCGGAGAAGAAAAAGCGACGGCGAGGGAAGAAGGGAGGAGAGCAGGGACAGGGAGAAGGGGAGAUACAGGAGGAGCAGAAAGAGGGGGCCCAGGGACCCGUGGAGGUUGUCAAGGAGAUUGUGACGGAGGACGGAACGGUUAUGACCAUCAAGGAAGUCAUUCCCGUGGCCGCUCCGCAGGGGGAGAGCGAGGAAGAGGAGGAGGAGGAAGAAGAGGAAGAAGAGGGAGCGGCUGCAGCUCCUCUGGUAGAACCCUGUCCGCGCUCCAGUGCCAUGGCGACCGUCAAACAUGGAAAGCUGUACGUGUACGGAGGCAUGUUUGAAGUGGGAGAUCGGCAGUUUACCCUCAGUGACCUCUACUGCCUGGACUUACACAAGAUGGACCGGUGGGAUGUAUUGGUAGAAAUGGACCCCAAGACUCAGGAGUGGCUAGAGGAGUCAGAGUCUGAAGAUGAAGAGGAGGGGGGAGAAGGAGAGGAGGCAAAAGGAGGUGAUGAUAAUGAUGAAGAGGAAGAGUCUGAAGAAGAAAGUGAUGAUGAGGAAGAGGAAGAGCACCCCCCUGUGAAGGCUGGAGAAUCACUGGAGGACUACCAGAGCAGGACUCUACAGUACUGGCUGGACCUGGCACAGGCCAACAUGGGCCCCAGCGCCAAGGAAAAGAAGGUGCAGAAGGUCGGCCAUUCCAUGGCCAAAAUCUUCUACGAGGACCAGGCGUGAUGGCGUGUGUGUGAUGACGAAGGGGGCGAGAGACUGUAAAUUUAUACACUGUGUGUGUG